CGGCGGGGCCGUAAAGCUACAUUGCAUGUUACGAACAAAGCGAAUAUCUUUGCUAACUAUUCACGGACGUUAAACGCCCAUUUGCUGUACAUAUAGAACUAACAAUACCCACUAUUAUUGGAGUUAAGUGGGUGUUCGGUUCCUGACUAUGUCAACAGCCGACGAUUCACGUUACUGCAACGAUCACGAUGACCGAGUUGGAGGACAAAAGGUUCGCAACCGUAAAGGCAGAGGGCCUUUCAGGGCCCCUAUGUAUAGUGACCAGGGGCCAGUAGGACCAAGACCAAGACAUCGUGGUAGCCAAAGAGGCGGCGGUGGCCCGGGACCCAGAGCGAGAUUCGACGAUGAGGAUGGAGAUGUGGCAAUGACGGACAGCAACUCCCAAGAUGGAUCCUCCCAACACAGAUUUAACCCUUAUGGAAGGCCAAAUCGGCGUGGUGACGACCGCUUUGACCGGGGCCGCAGAGGUGGUGGAGGAGGUCACAGGGGUCGUGGGAAUAACAAAGGAGGGGAUGGAGGUGGAGGUGGCCGCAAGAACUGGUUCAAGAUGUCUGUCCCCUAUGGAAAGAAAUACGACAAAGACUGGCUGAUAACAGCACUGCAGAAUAUCUGCUCCAUGCCCUUCACCCCAGUACAUUACCACGUGGAGGGAAACCGAGCAGAGUUCUUUAUUGAGGAUUCCACGACUGCGAAUGCCUUGUUUAAGGUAUCACGGAAGAUCACAGACAAAGAGGGCUACAAGGUGACUGUACUGAUGAAUCCCUGUCCUCCACCCUCCUUUCUCCAGUCUGAACUAAAGCCAGCUGAUCUGGAGCACCUGAAGCAAUGCAUGGCUAAACGUUUUGAUGGCUCUCAACAAGCCCUGGACUUAAACAACAUCCGGAUAGACCCAGACCUGGUGUCCCAGAACAUUGAUGUGACUUUGAACAGAAAGAACUCCAUGCGUGCUGUUAUUAAGAUAAUUGAGGAGAAUAUUCCAGAGCUUGUGUGUCUGAACCUUAGCAACAACAAGCUAUUUAGGCUGGAUGACCUGUCAGAGCUGGUCAAUAAGGUUCCCAACCUGAAGACACUCAACCUUUCUCAUAACGAGUUAAAGACAGAGCGCGAGCUGGACAGGAUCAAGGGUCUUAAGCUGGUGGAGUUAUGGCUGGAGAGGAACCCCCUUUGCGACUAUUUCAAGGACCAGGCUUCAUACAUCAGCGAGGUGAGAGAGAGGUUCCCCAGGCUUCUCAAACUGGACGGUCAGGAUCUCCCCCCGCCCAUAGUUUUUGAUGUGGAGGUGACUCCUGACGCCCUUCCACCUUGCAAGCCCAGCUACUUCUGCUCUGAAGAGAUCAAGACUCCCAUCGUUGGCUUCCUACAACAAUACUACAGUGUGUAUGACUCCGGAGACAGACAGCCUUUGUUAGAUGCCUACCAUGAUGGAGCAACCUUCUCCUUGAGCAUGCCCUUCACCAUGCAGAACCCCUCCAGGUGCAGUCUUGGAGAUUACCAUAAAGACAGUCGCAACCUCAAAAAGCUCAAGGAUCCCACCACACGAUUCCGCUUACUGAAGCACACUCGUCUGAAUGUGGUGGCUUUCCUGAGCGAACUGCCCAAAACGCAGCAUGACACUGCAUCUCUAAUUGUGGACGUCAACACCUUCACCAACACGUUACUGUCGUUCACGGUCACUGGAGUGUUCAAAGAAGUUGAAGGUAAAUCCCGCGACUCUGUGAGAGCUUUCUGCCGGGUGUUUGUCACAGUGCCAGCUGGAGGGACAAGUCUUUGCAUAGUGAAUGACGAGCUGUUUGUGCGCAAUGCUACGACUGAGGAGAUCCGCCGGGCCUUUGUGGCACCUGCCCCCACCCCAUCCAGCAGUCCUGUCCCCACCCUCUCAGCCCCCCAGCAAGAGAUGCUCUCUGCCUUCUCCCUCAAGUCCGGCAUGAAUCUUGAAUGGUCCCAGAAGUGCCUACAGGACAAUGAGUGGGAUUUCAACCGAGCAGCGCAGGUCUUCACAGACCUCAAGGCUCAUGGAAAGAUCCCAGAUGUUGCUUUCAUAAAGUGAACAGGAAUGGCUGUGAAGCUUUUUAAUUGUCAUUGGUCUUAUUUCUGUUGAUUCUUAUGCAGUUACCCUCCUGGAUUACAAGAUAACAUAUACUUCAUUAUUUGUGUACUUAUAAUUAAACAUGAUUUAACGUGUUCAAA